AUUGUUCGAAGCAUUGACUUGAAACCUGAAAGCUCUGUCACAACGAAUGAUGGUAUCGACUCGGGGGUACUUCUUGCACAAGAGGUAGAAAAUGAUCAGUCUUAUCCACAACCAGACACAGAGCUACCAACUGUUACUGCAACUUCUACAGCUAUGUCAGAAUGUCAGAAUUGUGCUAAUCACAAAACAAAGUUUGCUCGUCUUCAUGAAACGUAUCGAAAGCUGAAAUACAGGCACAGAAAAUUGCGUAAAGAAGCCCGUCAAUUGCAACAAAUGCGCAACGCUCAGGUACUCUAUGUGAUAAUAUAAUGCUUUGGAUAAUGGUAAAACUAAUUUGGCUAAUUAACCCAUUAGCUGGCAAUGCACCCAGAUGUACCCUAUUCUAGUAUCUUACGCUGUCCAACCCCAGACAAUUUCACUUGUCGGUCCAGUUAAUGGGUUAAAUAAUGUGCUGUGAAAAAAUGUAUGUUCAACUACUGAAAUUUCCAAUGUUUAUUUGUUGGAUGUUCUGUAAUGAAAUAGAUCAUAUUGUGUAAUGUAAACGAUGUUCUGUAAUGAAAUAGAUCAUAUUGUGUAAUGAUAAAGUUUUUCUCAAUUUCUAGAAAUCUGAAAAUAAAAAUUCAAAUUCAUCAGAGGAUUGCCAACAAACAGCGAUUCAAGAAGAGGUUGAGACUGAUAGUGAUGAAAUUAUCAGUGACGAUGAAGACGAGAAAGUUGGUGUGUAUGAGAGAGAUGAAGAUUGGGUAGCGAUGGAAGAAAUGAACGAAGAGGAUUAUGUCACUGCUUCUGAAGAUGAACAAAUGAAUGAACCAUCAAAAUGUGAUAUAAG